GCACUGGUGCUUCGAGAGAGCAGGGCCUUGUGGUUAACAGAAGGAGACCUGAGCCGGGGAUCAAAAGACCUGGCCUCUGGUCCCGGCUCUACUGACAAGCUGUGUGAUGCUGGGCAUCACCACAAACUGACCACUACUUCACUUCCACCUUCCGGACCUUGCCCAGAAAUCUCUCCUGUGGCACAUCUAAUGGGAAAUGUACGGAGAUGGAAAGUCUGGAAAAUGUAGGUCACCUAGCCCCCUUGACGUGUUACAAAGCCACAACCACUGGCUUCCCAUUUUUGAGAUGAGGGGAAAGAGGGUUCUGGCAUCCGGGCUUGUACAAGUUAACCUGUGCGGCGGUGGUCAUGAGGAGCUGGACGUCUGGAGUUCUCUUUCCUUUGGAGCAGGAAAAAGCACUCGCAAAGAUAGGGAGCCAAAUUGAUCCGUCAGCUUAGAGAUGGACAUGCUAAAGGACCUUACGUCCAUGCAGUUUGAAUAUGGGAUUGAAGAGGAAGACCGCUGCUGGCUGUAUUUGCAGGGUCGUUAUCAGGGGCGGAUGAUCGAGGCCUGUGCCCACGCAACCUUCUUCUGCAAGGUACUCCAUAAUAUGAGAGAAUCAAUACGUACGUGGCAAACUUCCAGAUAUCGCUCCAUUGGAUCGCACGCCACCGCUCCUAAAGAUGAGUUAAAGGUGGGCAUCAUUGGAGGCGGCCACCUUGGGAAGCAACUGGCUCACGUACUGCUUGAUCUUGUCCCCAUCCCUCCUGAGAAGCUGUGGAUCUCCACUCGGAGGCCCGAGGCCCUGGAGGAGUUGCAGAACCUGGGGGUCCGGUGCUUUUACCAUAACGCCUAUCUGGUGGGCUGGGCCGACGUGAUAUUCCUCUGCUGCCUGCCAUCUCAGCUGCCUAAUAUCUGCGCAGAAAUAAACACCAGCUUUAAAAAAGACGGCAUUGUGUACAGCUUUGUAGCUGCCAUCCCAAUACCCAGGUUGAAAAGGCUGCUGGACCACACCAGUAUCUUGCGGCCUCACUAUCAAUGUGUUGAAGGUUUUGCUAAUAUCUGGCAGUCCAACAGGGAAAUCACAGCUGCUCUCCAAGAUCCGGAGAUUCUUCAGGCUACCUGCCCCUACAACCCUGCUGGCGGGAUAAUCCUCAAUAUCAAGUGGUUGGAAGGAGUGUUCUACGCAGCCUUGAACACCUGCACAGCAAAGGACCUGCCCCACCCACUAACACUGCAGCUUAUAAAUGAGCUGUUCCUCUCUGUGCACACCGAUGACUGUGGGGAAGGUAAAGAAUCGUGCCCAAAACUCCAAUUACAAGACUUUGUCAGCCAGGUCUAUGCCAAGGGCCUGACUCAGAGAAGGCCUCUACCCUGGUUUGAUCUGGCUUCUGUGCAACUCAGGGAAACUCCCUUUACCAGGAAGCUCUUAACCUGUACUAGUCUCCAGGACCACAUUAUUCAUUUCUACUGUAAUGAAUUUGGCCUCUCCUUUACCAAAGAACAACAGCCAAUGGUUUCCAGAAACUGUCUGUUCUAAUAAGAGAAGAUACCUCAGGACUCAGGAUUCUUUCUCUCACUACAAUGGUCAUAUUCAGAUCAUCACAACUGACAGUGGGGACUCAUGGGACUGUUUGCAAAAGUUAGGCAAUCAGGAAUUAGAAAAUGGUACUGAUGGCUCUUUAUAAUAUAGAUUAAAAUGAGAGGUCCUUUACAUUGGUAUAUGUGUGUAUCUGUGAAACUACAUAACCCAACACACUUAAGUAAGCUGCUUCCCCAUGAGAGCCUUGCUAAUACAAAUUAUCUCUCUUCUAAAAGCUGAAUUUAAGAAGGUAUAAUGUCAUUAUUAGCUUCUUUUCCUGUAGUGGUAUAUAGCUGACAAAUGAUACAGCUUCACUUUCCUAGCAUUUUAGAUAGAGAAGAAAAAUGUGUGGUAAACAACUUAACUGUGACUCAUUUCAUGCUUAUUUUAGCUAUAUGUGACUUGGUACUAUCUUAUUUAAAAAGCUA